AUGGCAAAGAGAUCUCAAAAAACCACUUCUUCUUCUUCUUCUUCUACUAUUACUACUACUUCAUCUUCUUCUUCUUCUACCACCAUGCUGAAACGUAAACGUAAAAGCAUCCCAAGAAACUCACCUCCACAAAGAAGCUCUAUUUAUAGAGGUGUCACAAGACAUCGUUGGACUGGUCGAUAUGAAGCUCAUUUGUGGGAUAAGAAUUGUUGGAACCAAUCACAAAGCAAGAAAGGAAGACAAGGGGCUUAUGAUGAUGAAGAGGCUGCAGCACGUGCCUAUGACUUGGCAGCAUUGAAGUAUUGGGGCCAAGCCACAAUUCUUAACUUUCAAGUAUCAAAUUAUCAAGAGGAGUUCAAAGAGAUGGAAGGACAAUCAAAAGAAGAAUAUAUUGGAUCCUUAAGAAGAAAAAGCAGUGGAUUUUCAAGAGGAGUUUCAAAAUACAGAGGUGUAGCAAGACACCACCACAAUGGAAGAUGGGAAGCUCGAAUUGGAAGAGUCUUUGGCAACAAAUACUUAUACCUUGGAACUUAUGCUACACAAGAAGAAGCAGCCAUAGCAUAUGACAAAGCAGCAAUACAAUAUCGAGGACUUAACGCGGUUACAAAUUUUGAUCUGAGCCGUUAUAUCAAUAAUAAUAACAAUAACAAUAAUAAUCAAGAACUAGUUGAUGCAGGUGACACAUCAACAACAUCUUCCGCGGUCGAUCUUAUGUUAAACUCAUCAGAAUUCAAACAAAUGUUAGAACAUACAACAUCCUCGUCAUCAAUCGAAGAUAGUUACACUCCACCACUUGUUGAAUCAAAUCCGCCACAUCGGAAUUUUCCUGAGGAUAUUCAAACAAUCUUUGAAACGCAAUAUUCAAGUAUCUACAAUGAGAAUGAUGAUGACUUGAUAUUUGGUGAGUUGACCUCAAUUAAUGCAUCAAUUUUUCAUUAUGAGCUUGUGCUUGAUUAG